AUGUCGUCCGCCGUAGCGGCUGCACCCGACCUGGCGUCUGGCUCCGUGCGCUGGAUCGACGAGCUCAGGAACGCCCUGCCCAACACGGUCAUCCUCACACCCCGCGACCCACUGUCAGUCAUGCCCAGACAUUUGCUCGUCCUCGUUCAUGCGGGACAUCUUGUCCCAGCGUCUCGCACCCCCUCUGGCACAGGACACUGACCGAGAUCUCCCUCGCUCCCGCUCUGCGCAUACGCCUGCCCUUGCUCUACGGCUCCGGCGGCUUGCAGGUACCAACUCUCGUCGAAGCUCUUCAACGCGGCCAUCGACUCGCCCGCGCAAUGUGGCGUACUCGUCGCCAACACCCAGGAGGUCGUCACCGCAAUCCAGCUCGCCCGUCGACAUGGCCUCAGCUUCAGCUGCAAGGGUGGCGGCUUCAACGUCGCCGGGUGGGCCGUCCAGGGCGACAUCAUCCUCGACCUCUGCCUGCUCGACUCGAUCGACGUUCAUACGGUAGACUCGACCACCGGCCAAUUCAAUAUCGAACCCUUGUCCCAGCUUCGGACACCUGCUCCGGCGAGAGAAUCGUCUCUGCUGCCCCAGGACGAUCAGCUCGCGAGGAAGCGCAAGGCGGCUGGAGCUCCUGAGCCACCCCCCAACGACGCCCACGGCGCUUCCUCGACUUCCGAAGAUGAGACCGCGGCCUCUUCGAUCAAGAGAUACGCUCCGAACGUACGCACGGACAGCCCUACCCCGUUGCGACAGGCAUUGGGCCCGAGUGAUCCCUCCGACGCCCACUCGGAGCACGGCCAGACCAGCACCUCGACCGCUCACUCGUCGCCUUCCUCGUCACGCGACGGUCCGCACGGCUUGACCUCGGGUUCGGGUUCGGGCUCAGGGUCAGGCUCUGGUGAAGCGAGCGAGGAGACGGGCUCCACGAGUCACCCCUCGAGGGAGGCGAGCCGUUCCGACGGCAAGGGAACAUCUCCAGCGAAUAGCCGUACGGAUGCGUCGGCCGUCAGGAGUAGCGUCGUCGAGGGGACACGUUCAUGGGUCGAGGAGCAAAAGACUCGUGGUGAUGGUCAAUCUUCGCUUCAUGCUAUCGCCCUGCCCCAUCAGAGCUCCCAAAUCUCGACACCGAAUUCACCCGUGACCAAUGCGGGCGUGCCACUAGAGCAAGCCGCGGCGUACGACACACCGACCACAACACCCGCCUUUGCGACAUCCUUUGCGAACGCGUUCGUACCGACCAUUGCGGGUGGGAACGGCGUCGGUCCGACCGACUUGGCUGGGCUCGUACCAUCGUUUAACAUGUCGAUCGACUCGACUCGGUUCGUCUUCGACUCGUCGGCCUUGCACCGCGGCUCACUCAAUGCCAACAGCUCUACCAGCGCACCGGUCCCCUCUUCGUUUGGAAUGAACUUCUCGAGCUCGGCAACGGCAGCGUCUUCGUCCUCGGGAACCGCUCGCACGGUCGCCAGCAACUCGAGCCGAUCGAACUCCUGGACGUCGAGCCGCUCGCACGCACUCGUCACAAUCGGGGCUGGUGCCAAAUCGAAAAACAUCGAUGCUGUCACUGGUGCUUUGUCAUAUCACGCACCUCUGGCGGCCUACCCCGUCGGCUGCGCCGUCUUUGCUUCGGGCGGCUUUGGCUUCAUGUCGCGCAAGCAUGGGCUAAGCAUGGACAACGUCGUCGAAGUCGAGAUGGUGCUCGCUGAUGGUCGAGUCAUGUACCUCACUCCACCCAAGCGCGAGAGCGCCAAGGGUAAGGAGGUCGAAUUGUCCGAGGAAGAGCUUCGGCACGAGGAAGAGAUGAAGGAGCUUUGGUGGGCUUUUAGGGGCGCUGGAUUGGCCCUCGGCGUGAUUACCAAGAUCAGGACCAAGGCGUUCCCCGUCGGGUUGGUAUAUUCGGGUAACCUCAUUUUGUGAGUUCUCGAGAGCAGGGUGUCUAGAUGCUGGUUCGAAGUUGCUGACCCAGCCCGUUGUCGUCGUCCCGCAGCCCUUUCAAUCACAUCACUGCCCCCAGUCUGAUGAAGCAUUGGCGAGAUUGCAUUAAGAAUGCUCCGCGCGAGCUUUACACGAACUUGGUCUUAACCGCCGGACCCAACGAGUCGUCUCACGUCAUCGUCAUCCAAUUGUGCUACCUCGGCGAUCGCGAGAAAGGCGACCAAUACCUCCAAGCCCUUCUCUCAUGGGAAGGCGAAAGGUGUCUCCUCAAGGACGUCGAGAUGCGCACCUACCUGACGCAACAGCAAUCGGUCGUGCAAGUGCUCUCGGCGCAACGAGGGCAUCGAUGGUGCAUCCGCGCCGACCUGAUGAACUCGAUGACGGACGACUGCAUCCAUUCGACUGUCGACCAGUUCAAAAACAUCCCCGAGCGUUCGGCUUGGCUCUUCGAAUUGGCCGCAGGGGCGAUCGCUGAUGCGCCGGAGGAAUCGUCGUGCUUCCCUCGCUCGCAUCGCAAAGCACCCUUCCAAGUCGCGGCGAUCCAUCAAUGGAAAGAAAAGGCCGACGACGCAUUGUGGGAACUCGCGGCGCGCCGUUGGAUCGACUCGACCAUCUCGCCUUAUUCACCUGGCGGUUCCUACCCUUGCUUCUUGGAAUCGCAGGAGAGCAUGCAGAGGAUACGGAGCACGUUCGGUGGGGGUGAGAGUUGGGAGAGGCUCAAGCGCGUCAAGAGGCGGUACGAUCCUGAUAAGAUGUUGAAGCAUUGCUUCUGGAUCGAUGAGGAUGACGCGCCUCCGGAGCUCGUCUGCGGUGCUUGA